GAGUCCAUAACGGUGCUGGGAGAGAGAGAGAGGACAACAACGCAUUAUCGCCGAAUUAUCACCGAAGUACGCAGAAAUACGUCGCUACACGGGCCAUGAUGGGGAGGCUGUGCGAAGUGGCUCUUGUGUCCCUUCUUAUUGUGUUUCUCUUGAACACUGAAUCGACAUGGGCGAAAAAAGGCGGUGGCAGCAGCAGCAGCAGCAGGAGAUCCUCAUCCUCCUCUAGCAGCAGGGGCGGGACACAAUCAAAACCAUCCCAAACAGGAAACUACCCGCGACAGCCACAGAGUCCCAGUCGAAACCCCAAUCCAUACCCUGCUGGUGGAAGUUACCCCUAUCCAGGAACAGGCAACACCAACCCAGGAGGCGUUCCCAGGCAAAAUCCAGCAAGUUACCCAGGAGCAGGUAGUUACCCCAACCAGAAUCCUGGGAGAGUCAAUCCUGGAGGUUAUCCAAACCAGAACCCCGCAGGGGGAUACCCAGCUGCAGGUGGAUACCCUCAAGCUGGGGGGUAUCCUAACCAAAACCCAGCAAGAGGGAAUUAUCCAAAUCAAUAUCCACCUGCUGGAGGCUACCCAGUAGGAGGUGGCUACCCCAAUCAAUAUCCAGGCAGAGCUGGCAACCCGGGAUACCCUAACCAGUACCCUGCAGGUGGCUACCCAGCUGGGGGAGGCUACCCAGCUGCAGGAGGUUAUCCUAAUAGGGGAGGUGUCAAUCCAGGUGGGUACCCAGCAGGUGGUUACCCAGCAGGUGGUUACCCCGCAGGUGGUUACCCAGCAGGUGGUUACCCAGCAGGUGGUUACCCAGUCAGAGGGGGUAAUACAGGACAGGGGUGGGGUCAGCCAGGCUGGGGUCAGCCUGGUGGGUAUCCAGGAGGUUACCCGGGUGGAGCUGUUGGCGGGUACCCCAACUGGAACCCAAAUAAUAAGAUCCUCAGUCCCCGCUUUGGUGGAGGAGGCUAUGGAUAUGGACAGGGAGGUUAUGGCAUGGGAGGGUCUCCUUUCUCUCGUUCUGUGCAGAGCAUGGGUUACGCGCCAAAGUCAACAGGUUUUGCCAAAAAAGCCAUGCUGGCAGCAGGCGUUGGUGCUGUGGCUGGAAUGGCCGUUGGAUACGGACUGGGGCGCUUUCCUCGACCACACUUCAAUUUCCGCAACCACGAAGAAGAGCAGUACUACAACAACUACAUGUACCGGCGUUAUGGCACCCAGUCCACAGAUGAAAAAGACUACGGCCGUGAUUAUGUCUUCAAGCCUCCGCCGCGGGCUGAGCCUUACGACAAGUUCAUGGAUCGCUGUAUGAACAGGACUGACCUUUUGAAAGAUCAGAGUGGCAGCUCUACCACUCCUAAAGGUCAGGGAGGAGAUGACAACGAUGACGAUGACACAGUCAGCAUUGAAGAGAUUGGAUACCCGGCCCUAAUUGAGCAAGUGAAGGCGCGGCGCUGUGUUGAACAGUACAUGGUCUACUCGGAGCGAUUUCUGGAGGAACGAAAAGCUGAACAACAAGUCCAGCCCAGUCGCAGCAGCCCUCUGAGCUACGGUGUGGCUCACAUUUUCACCUCCCUCCUCAUGCUUCUUUCCAGCAUGCUCCUUCUGCAGUGAGAACACUUUGUCUUCCUUUUACUACACCCUGAAUGGAUUUCUACUUCCUCCAUUAUAUCUGCACGUCCACAUACUGCAAACGUGUAUUAUCUCC